GUUUCUUCAUCACAUGUUGCUCAAUACUCUCUGUAACUGCAAGCGCCUUCCAAGGGGUUACGUGCGUAAAAGUUUAACAGGUUAUUUUCUAUUUAUUGUAUGAGUCAGAAAACAGAAAAGCCAGUGCUGUCAGGUCAACGCAUCAAGACCAGGAAAAGAGAUGAAAAAGAGAAGUAUGAUCCGACGGGCUUCCGAGACGCCAUCGUGCAGGGGCUCAACAAGACGGGGAAAGACCUAGAUGCUGUGUCCAAGUUCCUUGACUCGGCCGGAUCCAAACUCGACUACAGGCGUUACGGCGAAGCUCUCUUUGACAUCCUCAUAGCCGGCGGACUGCUCAUUCCAGGUGGCUCUGUCGUCCAAGAUGGCGACAAGACGUGCAAGACAGAUGCGUGCGUGUUUGAGUCGGCCGAGGACAUGGAGAGCCUGCACAACUUCGAGCAGGUUUUCAUCAAGCUGAUGCGGCGCUACAAGUAUCUGGAGAAGAUGUUUGAAGACGAGAUGAAGAAGGUGCUGGUGUUCAUCAAGGGCUUCUCGGAGUCUGACCGGGUGAAGCUGGCGCGCAUGACUGCGUUGUGGAUCUCCAACGGCUCCGUGCCGCCCACCGUGCUGCUCGUGCUCAUCAACGAACACUUGAUCAAGGACAACCUGGCCCUGGACUUCCUCAUGGAGGUGUUUGUGACGUGGAAGCAGGAGAAGGGGCUCACCAGCCUCAUGACGGCCCUCAAGAGGUCCGGCAUCGAGGGCAGACUGAUGGAGUUCGUGCCUAUAAACAAGCGGACGGAGGAGAACUUCCGUGCUGCCUUCGAGGAGAAGGGACUGGCGGACAUCGUGAAGCUGCACAAGGCUCAGGCGAGCCAGGAGGCCAAGAAGGACCUGCAGUCGCAGCUGGAGGAGCAGCUGGCCGAGAGCCGUCCCAUCAAAGACAUCGUCCUGGAGCUGAAGGAGGUCGCCCUGAAGAACGCCAUCCCGGAACACGAGGUCACCCCGCUGGUGUGGACCACGGUGAUGUCCCAGGUGGAGUGGAACAAGAAGGAGGAGCUUGUGGCAGAGCAGGCUCUGAAGCACCUCAAGCAGUUCACACCGCUCUUCGAGGCCUUCACCACCAACGCUCGCUCCGAGCUCGUGCUGAUGCUCAAGAUACAGGAGUUCUGCUACGGCAACAUGAACUUCAUGAAGGUGUUCCAGAAGAUCGUCCUGCUCUUCUACAAGACUGACGUUCUGUCAGAGGAGGUGAUCCUCAAGUGGUACAAGGAAGGUCACUCUGUCAAGGGCAAGAUGAUGUUCCUGGACCAGAUGAAGAAGUUUAUAGAGUGGCUGCAGAACGCAGAGGAAGGUAAGUUCCUUCGUUGUUCGUGCUCAGAACCACGGAUUGUGGUGUCGUUGACGUACUGACAUUGUCUUGUUGUUGCAGAGUCGGAGUCCGGGGAGGACGAGGACUAGAUGCCGGUGCCUCUGGUGUGUGCUAGGUCAGUGAAGCUGCUGAUUGGUCCACUGGUCACCCGCGUCUGUGCCGUGCAGUGUCUCACAGCUGUCUGUGUCUGUUGCAGUUGCUCGUGAGCGCUGCAGUGUCCGCGCGAGCCACCGUCAUGAAAGCCUUUUUUUAUUGUGCAUUUUACUUUUUUUUAAUGUGGCUGGGGAGGCAGUAAUAUCAUGUGUAUGACAGAAGCAGGACUUAAAAACUCUUUGAUAGUUGAUCAUCAUUAAAUGAAACACAUGAAAUAUAUAUAUUUACCAAUUUUUUAUCAGCAGGGGGCUUCUUCUUUUCAUUUCUUGUUUAGCUGUGGCUGAUGAGACAACGAUACAGGUAGAGUCACCUCUGGCCGCCCUGGUGCCUUAUUCGUCCUCAGACCGAAUCGGACAAGCGUCGAGAACAGGUCCUUCCCACUGAUCGUGCUCCGUCAGCGACCUUUGGGUCGCCGUUCAUUUUUGGGGAAAAAAACUGAAUAGAAUGAGUUGGAAAAAAAAAAUAAUUCACAGCCAGAGGUGGUUCUACUCCAAAAUGUUCCAUGUUUAAUGGUGUAGUUUUAGAGUAACCUCUUUCACUUAGGGCGAUGGAUGAUCCACUAAUUUCUCACUCACAUAAAGUGUUUAAUUGUAUUGAUUAAUUUAUUAACUUCUCAUUUGUUUGCCUGUUUACUUUUCAAGUACAUAUUUAAAAGAGUUGUUUGUUAUUGUGCUGGUGUUGUCAAUGAUGCUGCCAAAUAGUUCACAACAUAAUGAAAAUAAAAUAACCUUUUUCAAAAUAAAAUUUAUUUUAUCUACAAGGGGUUGGGCCAGAUUCCCCACUCCUCUGCAUCAAGUAACAGUAAAUUAAACAAAAUGAUUUCUGAGGAUCAGUGCAGUUGUACAUGUGCAUUGAAAUGUUGAAAUCUCUUGAGCUGUAGGUGUUUUAUCAAGCUGUCAUGUGGUGCAUUGUCCCUGGAGACUUUUUAUAUGUAUGUAUGUAAUUGGUUUCUCGUAUGUUGAAAAAAAAAAAAUUGAAUAAACUGAACUGAAUGAAGUAUCUGUUGAGAAA